AUGUUUGUGCAUACUCCAUGGCGCCCCAAGGUGAAGCUGGCAGUGGACCCCCUGAGGCCCCUGCAGCCCACGUCCCUCACCGCAGAAGCAGCAGCAGGAGCAGGGGAUAGUGCUGAACUUGUUUGCGCUGCAGCAGCAGCAGGAGUAGCAGCAGCAGCAGAAAUGCAAAAGGAUCUUGGCAGAAGGAAACCGGCGGUCAUCUGCGUAGCCGCAGCAGCAGCAGCAACAGCAACAGCAACAGCAGUAGCAGAGCAUAGGAACGUGCAGCAGCAUUCGCAUGUGCAGCAGCAGCAGCAGCAGCAACAGCAGCAGCAGCACCUCACCGAAGAUGAUGAAUUCCCUUUUGCUGCCAAUGCCUCCUGCUGGGGGCAGCCGCACCAUCACUUGGAAUUGCCUCCAUGGGGACAACAGCUGUUGCACCAGCACCAACAACCGUACCCGCAGCAGCAACAACAGCUGCAGCAACAGCACCAGCUGCAGCAGCAGCCUCAGCUGCAGCACCACCAGCUACAGCAGCACCAGCUGCAGCAUCACCAGCUGCAGCAGCACCAACUGCAGCAGCGCCAGCUGCAGCAGCAGCAGAUGGCAGCAGCAACGAAUGUUGCAGCAACUUCCUCUGCUGCGAGGCCGUACAGACGUGUGAGACAACAGCUGUUGCUGCGUUGCCCAGUGGGGCAGGGGCAACAGCAGCUGCUGCUGCAGCAGCUGCUGCCGCGAGAAUGCUCUCAUUCUCCGCCUCAGCAGCACGCUGCUGCGCGAGCAGCUAGUUCUGCUGCGGCUGCAAUUGCUAUGCAGCAUAGGAACGUGCAGCAGCAUUCGCAUGUGCAGCAGCAGCAGCAGCAGCAACAGCAGCAGCAGCACCUCACCGAAGAUGAUGAAUUCCCUUUUGCUGCCAAUGCCUCCUGCUGGGGGCAGCCGCACCAUCACUUGGAAUUGCCUCCAUGGGGACAACAGCUGUUGCACCAGCACCAACAACCGUACCCGCAGCAGCAACAACAGCUGCAGCAGCAGCCUCAGCUGCAGCAACAGCACCAGCUGCAGCAGCACCAGCUACAGCAGCAUCAGCUGCAGCAGCAUCAGCUGCAGCAGCAUCAGCUGCAGCAGCACCAGAUGCAGCAGCAUCACCUGCAGCAGCACCAGAUGCAGCAGCAUCACCUGCAGCAGCACCAGAUGCAGCAGCAUCACCUGCAGCAGCACCAGCUGCAGCAGCAUCACCUGCAGCAGCACCAGUUGCUAGCAUCAGCUGCAGCAGCAUCAGCUGCAGCAGCACCAGAUGCAGCAGCAUCACCUGCAGCAGCACCAGUUGCAUCCUCAAAAGCCCACGGAUGUAGAAUUGCGGCCACCAGGACAGAUAACAGUGUCUGGUUUGCAGUGGCAUCAACAGCAGCAGCAACAGCAGCAGAUUCAGCAGCAACAACUGCAGCAGAACCAGCAGGAACUGCAUUACUGGCAGUGGCAGGAAGAGGCUUCUCUUGA